AUGUUAAGUUCCCUGAACUCUCAGCAAUUAGUCAACAGUUUGCAAGAGGAGAAUAAAAUAAUAAACGCCGAGUUACACAUAAAAAAUCAGCAAAUUUCACUCCUGAGGGAGGAAAUUAACGCGCUAAAGGAGGAGAUUAACGGGCUAAAAAUGGACUCAAAGACCAAGUCUGAAACGCUGUCCAAUACUGAACACGCCCUCCUAAAAAUAAAGGAAGAACUGGAGGGAGUGAAAUACGCGGGAAACUUAAUCCUGAAAACGCAUAAAAAGCACUUUACAAACCUGCUACAAACUGUUAACAGACUCCUUAACACUGUGCAAGAAUCACGAGUUUACACAGUGGAAGACCCUGUAAACAAGAGUAACAUUGAAAUGCUAAUAGAAAUGAACGACAAAUUAGUGAAGCUAACGGUGGAAAUUAUGAAGUUACUCUCAACACGAGAACACAAUUCCACACUCCAAUUCACCAAACAAUUCACACAAAAUUUUUAA